UAUCUGAGCCCAUCUUGUCUCCUUGAAGGCAGCAAAAAGCGUUGCUGCCAUAAUAGCACUUCAUGGCUUUACUGUAAUAACCUGGUGGCAGAGAAGGCAUGAUUUUGGGACUCUCAGUACCCUGAGAGGACACAGGCUGCUGCUCUUGCCAGCAAGAGGGUAUCCUGGAAGAACUGGCCUCUAUGCACCUGCCUGAGGAUGAGCUACAACACAACCAAAAAUGCAGCAAUUGCAGCAUCAGAAUCACUAUGAGCAAGACCGGAGUGCACUUAAGCGGAAAGAAUGGGAGAGAAGAAACCAGGAAGUCCAGCAAGAUGAAGAUCCAGGAAGUCCAGCAAGAUGAAGAUCUCUUUGCUUCAGGUUUUAACCUCUUUGGGGAACCCUACAAGACAAAUAAAGGCGAUGCCCUUGCAAACCGUGUCCAGAACACAUUGGGAAAUUAUGAUGAGAUGAAGGAUCUGUUAACCAACCACUCCAACCAGAGCCACCUUGUAGGAAUCCCAAAGAAUUCUGUCCCACAGACACCCAUUGACAAAAAUGAACAGAACUUUUUCCCAGAACCAAGGAACAGGAUGAUCCCAUCUCAUCAGAUCAGCGGCAACUCAUCAACAUCAAUGCCUCCACCUUCUUCAUUGUCAUCUAACUCUACUUUGCUACACAGCCACCAGAGCAGCAGGAAGUCGAGGACAGAUUGGUCACGCAGUGGUCACAACCCCAGUGGGGCCCAACCAAGUCAAUCCAGUGGCCAGCAGAGUCGGACAAAGCACAGCUCUUCUCAUGACCAGUCACAGGGCAGGUAUGAAGAUCUCUAUAAUUGCCAGAGUGAGCAGCAUAAAAGUGGGGGAACUGAGGAAGCAAACGCUAUGGCAACAUCUUCACAUUCGAGGAGGCACACUCAUGCAAAGUCAGCUCCUGGAGAACACACUUAUAAAGAAAACAGUCAUUCAAAGUCACCCACAGAGCUUGAGUUUGUAGGCCAUGGUCCUGGAUCUCCACUUCCUUCCACUUCUUUGUUAACUGCAAACAAUGGUCUUUCGACUCAGAAUUUCCCACCAGGACUUCACUGCAAGAACAGCAUGGUCCAGCAGAAGCCUACGGCUUACGUCAGGCCUAUGGAUGGUCAGGACCAGGUACCCAAUGACUCACCCGAACUGAAACCCCCAAUAGAAAUUGAGAGUGGAUAUGGAAAUCAGUCUUUUGGAACUCUGCUGGAAGGAAAAGUGAACACACCUAGUUCGAAGAACAAAGUACCAAAGCUCAACAUUCCUCCUGUUAGUGAAGUUGCCCUUCCCAAUGAUUCCAGCUGUGUGGAAGAAAUACUGCGAGAGAUGACCCAUUCCUGGCCUCCUCCUCUUACUGCUAUUCACACUCCCGGCAAGGCUGAGCAGACCAAGUUUUCUAUCCCAAACAAGGACUCCCAACAUCUGACCUCAGGAUACAAUGUACAAAAGUGGAGUGAUCCAGCAGGGAAAGUUCCAACUAAGUCAGUGCCACAGAAGUCAAUGCUUGAGGAUGAUCUGAAACUCAGCAGUGAUGAAGAUGACAAUGAACAG